AUGGCUUCAGUUCAGACAGCCUGCCAGAUUAUUUUCCCUAUCGGCAAGAUAAAAGGUGCGUGUUAAUAGUUUACUGACUGUAGCUUCACAGCUCAAGACAGAGGAUUGACCUGUUCCCAAACACACACACAAACAUGCAGGCACGGACACAUGCACAAACACACAGCAGCCAUUUCAUAAAAUCAUCAAAAGGGAAACAUAACUGCCUUUUAGCCAUGGUUUCUGGGCCCUGUCUACAAUAUAGAAGUAAUCUGUUGUGACACUUGUGGUCUUGGUGGGCACAGUGUGGAUCUUUACAGAGCUAGGCUGCUUUCAACUGACCAGACACUGGCCAGCCAGAUCUAGGAUAGUUUUUGGACAGAAAAGCCCUAGCUUGUUCUGACCUGUCUAGGACCCUGGGCCUGACCCUCUCCAUGCAACAAUGUACUCACACAGAUCUCUCUCUCGCCUGUGGAUAUCAUGCUCCAAUCUUUGUUGAAUUACACGGUUUUCUCAAGGAAAUUAAACUGCAUACUUUUUGGACAACAUAAUUGACCGUAACUCACAGAACCUCAGAGUAAGGCUACUGUACAUUAGGUCUCUCCCAUUCCCAGUCAGGCCAUAGAUAGUGCUGACCUCAGCUGCACAUAUUCAAAUACAGCAGCAGGACAUGUGAAGAAACAUCUUGAACCAUACAGCAUGCCUGUUCUUCUCUAGGCUAAGUGAUGCCCAAUAGAUCCCCAUCCUCCGUACAUAAAGAUGUUGCAUGCAACGAUGUCUUAUAAAGAUGACAAAACAAUGUGUUAAUGAUGAGCAGGACAUCACUCAUGUUGCUCCACCCAGAAUUCUGACCACGCUGUGAAAUGCACAUGAGGACAUCGCUCCACUUGUUCAUUAUAUUCAUAGCAGAUGGUGCAUCUAAUGGGUUCCCCAUGCCCUCUGGGGUAGACAAAACAAACACAAACGCACAACUGUGCAGAAAGUUAAAGAACAACUGUGCAGAAAGUUAAAGAAUUUGGGCAUUUCUUCUGUCUUUUAUGUUUUGAAGUCUGUGUUUGAUAUUCCGAGAGCCAAUGGAUAUUUAAGGCAAUAGGACUGUUUCACUCUAUGCAUAUUUCACAUCAGUAGUCCCUGUUGUAGAGCUUCUGUAGUGUGUUCCCACCUUCCUAUGUAAUGCUCCUGAUUUGUCAGUGAAAUACACAUUUUACUCUCUGAAGAUGAAAGAUAUUAGGCUUCUAGUACAUUCCUUCUACAUAUCUCCCAUCCAGACAUGUCAAGCACAACAAUCUUUGCACGCUAGCCUAAUUUUGACACAGUGACUAAUGGGUUGCUAGUCCCUCUUCUGCAUCUCAGCAUAAAGCAUGAGAGAAGGUGUCUACUGUCAGGGACCUUUCCAUAGCUAGGAGAGAGGAAGCACUUAGGCCUAGGGCUCUUGCGGUGACAGUAUUACCGCCACACCGGAGUCAUGACCGCAGUAAAAUUCCACGUGACCGUUGAGUCAUGGUAAUCUCCGGUUAUGCUCUCUGGACAUGCCUUGGUAGUACUGAACUUACUAAAACCAUUAGGUCCUAAUGGCCUGGUACUCUGGGAUCUAUUGUCCCUCUAACCACAUCUAUAUGGAUUAUGCAUAGGCUUGAUAAUGCCCCUGUUCCUGCCCAUUUGAUAAUGCCCCUGUUCCUGCCCAUUUGAUAAUGCCCCUGUUCCUGCCCAUUUGAUAAUGCUCUGUUCCUGCCAAAUAACUCUAAAUCUAGCAUAUAGGACCUGUUUCAAAUGAUCACUUUUAUGCUCAACAUAGCCACUUCAUAUGCGCACUCGCUCCGGAAUGGGAAAGAUAUCCUUUCUAUUUUAUUCAGCUAAGUUAAAUUAUGUUCUUCUUACUAUAAAAUCAUAUAGUAAAAAUCAUAAUGGUGUUGGACUUAUAAGCAGAUCUUGUCAGCUAAACAAACAAGCCUACAGUCUAUGGCAUGGAGCAUUGCCAGAUAACAUACAGACCGGCAGUCUUUUGCAUGACAAUAACCGCCUGACAAAAUGUAAUGACCGCCACAGCCCUACUUAGGCCUACAGUUACAGUACAUGUUCAUCAACCUGGGAGAUCUCUGCUCUGCUGUUAUUCCCAGAGCCCCAGCAGUCCUGGGUUGUUGCUGGGAGGAAGGAUGAUGAAGAUGAAGGAGACUGUGCUGCUAGUGUCUCUGUCUGUGCUGCCUCACAGAAUGACUUGGGCCCCUCUGCUUGUCCUGUUUCUUGCCAGCCUGCCUUCAAAUCUCAUUAAUCUUCUUCAGCUUCCAGAGCCAAUUAGCUAAUGCUAUGGGAAGGAAACAGAUAAAGCAAUGAAGGAGAGGGUCAGGAAAGCUCCACUCCAGGGGACAACACAGUAUGUUAGCUGUCGUGAACUGUGGGCCUAAAUAGAUUAUUCUCCAAAUAUUUUUCAAUCCCCCGACAGACAACUCUGUACAAUCUUUGAAUCUAGCCUAAUGCUUCUCAAACCUUCUCACUGUCAGUGUGUUUCAAUGGCUUUAUAAAUAAAGCUAUGCAGAUAGGCUAGAUUUAGUCUAAAUUGCUCAAUAGUUCUAGGUAGGCUUCUCUAAAGACUCAACUCUGUCCACAUCUGUUGGUAGUUUGAUGCAGAGGGCUGUUUGCAGUCAGUUGGUACUGUCCUCCACAUUUAUUCCAAAUACUGUAGACAAAAGAAAGGCACUCAUUUGUGCAUUCUAUCCUACGUGUCCUUUGUGUGUGUCCUUGAGUGCGUGUGUGUGUGUUGGCUAUAGCUAACAAUGAAAGUGAAGUAAGACAUUAGAGACAGUUAAUUGACAGCUAGGCUCCAAAGCUGACAGCUUGUAGACACUUAGUCUGGAUCUUCAGAUAAUCUAUCCUCACCAUCCCACUCAGGUAAGGACUUUGCUGGGAUCGAUAAAUGACAGGUGACAACCAAAGCUUCCAUUGACUACACAACUUCAAUGCAAUAAGACUUCUUGUGUGUAGGCGGACUGUUUUUAUAAAUUUUUCUCAUCUCAGUUGACAAUAACAAUGUUCCGCCUGUCCAACCAUCAUGGGAGUUUAAGAAGAUGGUGAAUAAACAGAGUAUUUUUUACAGUAAUUGAAUGCCAUUUAUCAAUAUUUGAAUGCCCUGAUGUCAAUAGCUCAUGAGCAACUGUAUCCCCUGACUUCCCUCUCAGCUGCCUACCUACCUACCUAUCGACCUCCUUCGGUAUUCAUAUCCCCGUUGUCAUUUUUGAGCAACUUAUAUUUGCUGUGUUCGUGGUAGCCUCUUGCUUACUUCCCUCAAUUCAACACCUCUGUUUUCUUUCUUCCCCUUCUCAUUGUCACCCCUAGUUCGCUGCCUAAAGCCUACCCUCUUCUCUGAAGUUUCAAUUUGAAGAGGUAACAACACAGUAGCCAAUAUGUUCUUGAAAGGCACCUCUAGCCCUCUGUUUGGCUGGUUUGCUGUAGCAUGCAGCAGAAAUGGGAGAGGACUCUUGAAAGGAGACACCACACAGGUCGAACAUAGAUAAACACUGUACAUUAUACAGUGCAUUCGGAAAGUAUUCAGACUCCUUGACUUUUUCCACAUUUUGUUACGUUACAGCCUUAUUCUAAAAUGGAUGAGGAAACAAACAAUUUAAUCAAUCUACACACAAUACCCCAUAAUGAUGAAGCAAAAACAGGAUUUAAAAUUUUUUUGCACAUUUAUAUAUAAAAAUAAAAAACCUUAUUUACAUAAGUAUUCAGACCCUUUACUCCGUACUUUGUUGAAGCACCUUUGGCAGCGAUUUCAGCCUUGAAUCUUCUUGGGUAUGACGCUACAAGCUUGGCACACCUGUAUUUGGGGAGUUUCUCCCAUUCUUCUCUGCAGAUCCUCUCAAGCUCUGUCAGGUUGGCUGGGGAGCGUCGCUGCACAGCUAUUUUUAGGUCUCUCCAGAGAUGUUCGAUCAGGUUCAAGUCCGGGCUCUGGCUGGGCCACUCAACGACAUUCAGAGACUUGUCCUGAAGCCACUCCUGCAUUGUCUUGGCUGUGUGCUUAGGUUCGUUGUCCUGUUUGAAGGUGAACCUUCGCCCCAGUCUGAGGUCUUGAGCUCUCUGGAGCAUGUUUUCAUCAAGGAUCUCUGUACUUUGCUCCGUUCAUCUUUCCCUCGAUCCUGACUAGUCUCCCAGUCCCUGCCACUGAAAAACAUCCCCACAGCAUGAUGCUGCCACCACCAUGCUUCACCGUAGCGAUGGUGCCAGGUUUCCUCCAGACGUGAAGCUUGGCAUUCAGGCCAAAGAGUUCAAUCUUGUUUUCAUCAGACCAGGGAAUCUUGUUUCUCAUGGUCUGAGAGACCUUUAGGUGCCUUUUGGCAAACUCCAAGCGGGCUUUCAUGUGCCUUUUACUGAGGAAUGGCUUCCGUCUGGCCACUCUACCAUAAAGGCCUGAUUGGUGGAGUGCUGCAGAGAGGGUUGUCCUUCUGGAAGGUUCUCCCAUCUCCACGGAGGAACUCUGGAGCUCUGUCAGAGUGACCAUCGGGUUCUUGGUCACCUCCCUGACCAAGGACCUUCUCCCCCGAUUGCUCAGUUUGGCCGGGCGGCCAGCUCUAGGAAGAGUCUUGGUGGUUCCAAACUUUUUCCAUUUAAGAAUGAUGGAUGCCACUGUGUUCUUGGGGACCUUCAAUGCGCAGACAUUUUUUGGUAUCUUUCCCCAGAUCUGAGCCUCGACACAAUCCUGUCUCUGAGCUCUACGGACAAUUCCUUCGACCUCAUAGCUUGGUUUUUGCUCUGACAUGCACUGUCAAUUGUGGGACCUUAUAUAGACAGGUGUGUGCCUUUCCAAAUCAUGUCCAAUCAAUUGAAUUUGCCACAGGUGGACUCCAAUCAAGUUGUAGAAACAUCUCAAGGAUGAUCAAUGGAAACAGGAUGCACCUGGGGGGGGGGGGGGGGAGAACAAGGUGAAAUCAUGACGGCAGUCAGGUCGGAAAGUCCGAGCUCUAGAAAGAUGCCUGAGUUUCCGACUUGGAAUUCCGAGUUGGAUGACCGUUCAAAACGAUUUUUCCCGGUCGGAUCUCGUUUUCUUUUUAGAGUUCUCAGUUGUCUUGACUGCACUGAAGUAGGAAGUCUGAGAUUUCCAAGUUCCCAGUUGUUUUGAACCCACAUUAGUCUCAGCGGAGGGAGGGAAAGAGCAGCACAGGGUCCGCCUUUCUCGGUCCCUGCUCUCUCCUUCCUUUCCUCCGGUGAGACUGACCAGAGUGAGGGGACACGGUCUUCCACCUGUUGGCGAAACUCGAGUUGCACCGCAUCUGUCUCGUGCACAAAUUAAUGUUGUUCCUAUGACCAGAGAAAGUGAAAUAUUCCUUGAUAUAGACAAUACGAGCAGCUAAUAAUAAUACCAGUACCGAGUCGAUGUGCAGGGGUACGAGGUAAUGGAGGUAGAUACAGGAUGUACAUACAGUGAGGGAAAAAAGUAUUUGAUCCCCUGCUGAUUUUGUACGUUUGCCCACUGACAAAGACAUGAUCAGUCUAUAAUUUUAAUGGUAGGUUUAUUUGAACAACAAAAAAAUCCAGAAAAAUGCGUGUCAAAAAUGUUAUGAAUUGAUAUGCAUUUUAUUGAGGGAAAUAAGUAUUUGACCCCUCUGCAAAACAUGACUUAGUACUUCGUGGCAAAACCCUUGUUGCCAAUCACAGAGGUCAGACGUUUCUUGUAGUUGGCCACCAGGUUUCCACACAUCUCAGGAGGGAUUUUGUCCCACUCCUCUUUGCAGAUCUUCUCCAAGUCAUUAAGGUUUCGAGGCUGACGUUUGGCAACUCGAACCUUCAGCUCCCUACACAGAUUUUCUAUGGGAUUAAGGUCUGGAGACUGGCUAGGCCACUCCAGGACCUUAAUGUGCUUCUUCUUGAGCCACUCCUUUGUUGCAUUGGCCGUGUGUUUUGGGUCAUUGUCAUGCUGGAAUCCCCAUCCACGACCCUUUUUCAAUGCCCUGGCUGAGGGAAGGAGGUUCUCACCCAAGAUUUGAUGGUACAUGGCCCCGUCCAUCGUCCCUUUGAUGCGGUGAAGUUGUCCAGUCCCCUUAGCAGAAAAACACCCCCAAAGCAUAAUGUUUCCACCUCCAUGUUUGACGGUGGGGAUGGUGUUCUUGGGGUCAUAGGCAGCAUUCCUCCUCCUCCAAACACGGCGAGUUGAGUUGAUGCCAAAGACCUCGAUAUUGGUCUCAUCUGACCACCACUUUCACCCAGUUCUCAUCUGAAUCAUUCAGAUGUUCAUUGGCAAACUUAAGACGGCCCUGUAUAUGUGCUUUCUUGAGCAGGGGGAUCUUGCGGGCGCUGCAGGAUUUCAGUACUUCACGGCGUAGUGUGUUACCAAUUGUUUUCUUGGUGACUAUGGUCCCAGCUGCCUUGAGAUCAUUGACAAGAUCCUCCCGUGUAGGUCUGGGCUGAUUCCUCACUGUUCUCAUGAUCAUUGCAACUCCACGAGGUGAGAUCUUGCAUGGAGCCCCAGGCCGAGGGAGAUUGACAGUUAUUUUGUGUUUCUUCCAUUUGUGAAUAAUCGCACCAACUGUUGUCACCUGCUCACCAAGCUGCUUGGCGAUGGUCUUGUAGCCCAUUCCAGCCUUGUGUAGGUCUACAAUCUUGUCCCUGACAUCCUUGGAGAGCUCUUUGGUCUUGGCCAUGGUGGAGAGUUUGGAAUCUGAUUGAUUGAUUGCUUCUGUGGACAGGUGUCUUUUAUACAGGUAACAAGCUGAGAUUAGGAGCACUCCCUUUAAGAGUGUGCUCCUAAUCUCAGCUCAUUACCUGUAUAAAAGACACCUGGGAGCCAGAAAUCUUUCUGAUUGAGAGGGGGUGAAAUACUUAUUUCCCUCAUUAAAAUGCAAAUCAAUUUAUAAAAAAUUUUACAUGCGUUUUUCUGGAUUUUGUUGUUGUUAUUCUGUCUCUCACUGUUCAAAUAAACCUACCAUUAAAAUUAUAGACUGAUCAUGUCUUUGUCAGUGGGCAAACGUACAAAAUCAGCAGGGGAUCAAAUACUUUUUUCCCUCACUGUAGGUAGGGGUAAAGUGACUCAGCCAAGACAAUGCAGGAGUGGUUUCGGGACAAGUGAUUCAUGGUUCCUUCUAUUAAGGCAAGUCGUCCAGGUCCUGAGGCAGCAAAGCAUCCCCAAACCAUCACACCACCACCACCAUGCUUGACCUUUGGUGUGAUGUUCUUACUGUGUAAUGCAGAGUUUGGUUUUCGCCAGGCAGGAACCAUGUCGUCCAAAAAGUUAUACUUUUGAAUCAUCUUUCCAUAGAACGUUCUUCUAAGAGUAUUGAUGAUCAUCCAGGUGCUUUUUGGCAAACUUGAGUCAACUUUCUGGAUGAGAUGGGUCCCAUUAUGCCUGGCGAAAACCAAACACUGCAUUCCACAGUAAGAACAUCAUACCAAAGGUCAAGCAUGGUGGUGGUGGUGUGAUGGUUUGGGGAUGAUUUGCUGCCUCAGGACCUGGACGACUUGCCUUAAUAGAAGGAACCAUGAAUUCUGCUCUGUAUCAGAGAAUUCUACAGGAGAAUGUCAGACCAUCCGUCUGUGAGCUGAAGCUGAAGCUGAAGCGCAGUUGGGUCAUGCAGCAAGACAAUGAUCCAAAACACACAAUCAAGUCUACAUGAAAAUUGCUAAUAAGCAACAAAUUGGAAGUUUUGGAAUGGCCUAGUCAAAGUCCAGACCUAAUCCCAAUUGAGAUGCUGUGGCAGGACUUGAAUCAAGCAGUUCAUGCUUGAAAACCCACACGUCACUGAGUUAAAGCAGUUCUGCAUGGAAGAGUGGGCCAAAAUUCCUCCACAGCGACAUGAGAGACCACUACAGGAAGCAUUUGGUUGGAGUCAUUGCAGCUAAAGGUGGCACAACCAGUUAUUUAGUGUAAGGGGCAAUUACUUUUUCACACAGGGGAAUUGGGUGUUGCAUAACUUUGUUUAUGAAAUAAAUAUGUAAUUGUUGUGUUAUUUGUUCACUUAUGUUCCCUUUAUCUAAUAUUAGGUUUUGGUUGAAGAUCUGAUAACAUUCAGUAUCACAAAUAUGCAAAAGUAGAGAAAAUUAGAAAGGGGGCAAAUACUUUUUCAUAGCACUGUAAGUUACUUUUUAGAUGUGUAUAGAAUGUUGAUUAACCACAUGACAAUGAUUUUGAGAUAUGAAGACGUUAUUAUAAAUUAAAUGAAACUGUUUCGCGAAAAUGUGAUUAUGAAAACCACAACAGGCACACAGAUCGGUAGAAAUGGUAAGAUAAAUUGGCAUUCAACAUGAGAAAGGUAGCCGACUCCUCGUGUAGCCUAUUACCGGCAACUUCAGGAGAGUAAUGGCAGAAUCUGCGAAAGCCAGCCGGAGCAGGAGGAGAAUAGUUGGGUCAGGUAAAGUUGUUUUUCUUCUGGUUAUGUAGAUCUCUGGCGCUCUCUUGAGGCUUAAAGCAUCAGACAAGCUCAAUGCAUAUAGUUGAUUUUAUUCAAACACAGGGUGUGUUUAUAUAUGGAAAAAUACAUGUAAAAAAAUUUCAAGCAAUCGAUUGGUCGAAAGAACAGACGACUUUCGGUCGACCAAUAUUUUUUUUUGUCGGGGACAGCCCUAAUGCAGAUAUUCUGGGUAGCUACUUGGUUAACUAUUUAGCAGUCUUAUUGCUUGGGGUUAGAAGCUGUUCAGGUGCCUGUUGGUGCAUUGGUACUGCUUGCUGUGCGGUAGCAGAGAACAGUCCAUGAGUUGGGUGGCUGGAUUCUCUGACAAUCUUUAGGGCCUUCCCCUGACACCGCCUGGUAUAGAGGUCCUGGAUGGCAGGGAGCUCGGCCCCAGUGAUGUACUGGGCCAUACACACUACCCUCUGUAGCGCCUUGCUGUCUGAUGCCAAGCAGUUGCCGUACCAAGCGGUGAUGCAGUCAGUCAAGAUGCUCUCAGUGGUGCAGCUGUAGAACGUUUUGAGGAUCUGUGGCCCCAUGCUGCAUCUUUUCAGCCUCCUGAGGGGGAAGAAGCAUUGUCGUGCCUUCUUCAUGACUGUGGUGGUGUGUGUGGACCAUGUUAAUUUCUUAGUGAUUUGGACACCGAGGAACUUGAAGCUCUCAACCCGCUCCGCUACUGCCCCAUCGAAGUGGAUGGGGGCGUGCUUGGCCCUUCCUGUAGUUCAUGAUCAGCUCCUUUGUCUUGCUGACGUUGAGGGAGAGGUUGUUGUCCUGGCAACACACUGCCAGGUCACUGACCUCCCUAAAGGCUGUCUCUCUUCUCAUCGGGAAAAAGGCUUGAUGGAAGUAGUGGAGUUUUAUUAAAGGCCUUCGUGCUCCAGAGCUCAGCUGAUGCAGCACACCAUCUCCUAUGUCCCCCUCAGGGCCAGAAGGUUGCAUGGAGGUGGGAGUGGAGAGGUUAUAAUAAUAUAAUAAUAAUAUGCCAUUUAGCAGACGCUUUUAUCCAAAGCGACUUACAGUCACGCGUGCAUACAUUUUUACGUAUGGGUGGUCCCGGGGAUCGAACCCACUACCCUGGCGUUACAAGCGCCAUCAGUCUGCAUCACACCAAAAGUGUGAGCUCUGCAAAUCAUUCAUCAAGGGGGUAAAUGUUCACAUAAAGCAGAUAAUAAUUUCCCCAAUGCAAGGGUUGUCAACUAUAAGCAAAGACCAAUCACAAUCCUAUCUCUAGCAGUCUGUACAUACUUUCUUAUGAUGGAUUUUGAGUCCUAGGGAAGCUAUGUAUUAUGAGAGCUGUGUCCCUUUAACCACUUUAGGUCAAGUUCAGGUUGAUCAAAACAAGAAAAUUAGACAUUUGAGGGAGUGGGGCUCUCGAAAGCUAGAGGAGAACUGACAGUUCUGUGUGCAACUGCAAGGCAUUAGGAAAACAAACCAAGACUCUACAUGACCCUCUUGGAUUUAAAAUAAACUCGAUUGUUGUUCAGCUUUACCUUAACACAAUAGAGAAAAGGAUUGUUGAUAUUGAAGGUCACUGUCAUUAUCAUGAGAUUAAUGGCAUAGUCUUGUGGAAUAGAUGCAUCGGGUCGUGGCCGACUACAUGCAAUUCAUUGAACCUCUGCUUCCAAGCCUAUACAUAAUAGCCAAUACUUUAGAUGUCAUCUGUUAUCACGUUUUUGUCUCCAGCCAUAUAAUUAGAGAUGCCUAGGCUUAGCGUAGCAACAAUUGUCAGGGUGCAUUAUGUUAAUGGCUGUGUUGCUUGUGUGUAGAAUUACAAUGUGACUGCCCCUUCACAACACAUCCACCAGAAAUGAUUUAUUUAACUGUGUUAUCCACUCAGAAGCAUGAUUAUGUUGUGGCAAAUUCUGAAACGAGAGUUUCUGUGCUGUCACGUCUGAUCCUGUCUGAAUGAGUUGAAGCGCUUGCUUGGCCUUGUGGGGUUUUUCCAGUGUCUGACUGUCUGGAUGAUGCUGCUGCGCCACAAUGGCCGCUGCUGUAUGUUGAUGUUGCUCAGUAGACAGCUCUCCUGUCUGUCUGAGCAGCCUUUUACAGCCGCAGCUGCCCUGAUGUCUGUCUACUGAACACUUAACCCGUCUAUUCCCAUCAUUCUGCUGCUUAGAUGCCUCCGGGAGUCGUUAGCAAGCAACCGCUCAGCGCUACGUCACUGUCAGUCUCUAAAGCAGCCAGCGGUGUGGAGAGAGAAUAUGGGGGGGGGGGGGGGGGGGUGUGUGACCCACUGUCAGGAAUCAACAGGGCUGCUGCAACCAGUUCCAGAGGUCACCUCUCUUCACAGUAUGUUGUCUUCUUGAGUCCAGAGCCCUGCCGUCUUCUGUGUAGUUAAUGUGACUCAGUCAGUGGUAGAUUAUGCUGCUGGUGUUGUCAGGGGGGUGGUGGAAAGGGGGGAAAGGAGAGCCAUAAAAGGAUUAUACAGUAGUAGGCUGGCUGUUAGUAGAUCUAUGGCUUCAUGAACCCCACUGAACUCCAGACACCACAUCUGCUUUAGGAACAGCCUGAUGAUGCUCAGACAUUACAUAUGCUGCCUGACUACAUUCUAUCUAACAGAAUAUAGCCCACUGCAGUGUCAAAGGGCUGCCAUGUUGCUCUGCUUAGGAUCUCACCAUGUUAUUUCAUUUUAGAGUGUUUGUGUUGUCUCUGCAUCAUGGGUGUAGCCUAGUGUUUAUGACAUUGUGUUUUGUAUGAUUUAUUGUUAAGGACAUUGUAGACGUUGUACAAUACCAUGAGGAAAGGGAGCAGGACCAGCAGGGAGAACAGAACUGAGGGAAGGAUGGGGAGGGAAGUCCUGACCUGUAGGGUACUCAGCCUACAUUCUCUGGGGGAGCCUGAAAGCUCCUAUUUAAAUCCCUUAUCCUUAUUCUUAUCCCUCCCCCUCCCCCUUUAAUUGUUUACCUGUAAGUUUAAGAAAUAUUGCCUUGUGCUUUGUAAUUCCGUUACCAAAAACCCACAUCUUUAAGAUAUUUUCAAAUUUCUCUCCCUCAUUAGGAAGGAGUAUACUGAAAGUUCACAGAAGUAUCAAGCAAUGGUAAAUCUACCAAUUUAGUUAUAGUGAUUUAACUGAUAUCAGUUUUGUUUAUGAAUCAUUAAGUGAUUAAAACUUGGUAACGGAAUUACCCAGAAAUCAGUAACGGAAUUAUUGCAACUGAAUUGGCUAUAAUGGGAAAUCAUAAUAGUCCCAAACCACAGUUGGGUCACCUGCUACUAUCCUCCCUUCCAUUGGCAUACUGUUAUAUUCUGCUCAUAACUGUUUUCUUUGUCUUUCUGGUGUCUAGUGAUCAAACCAAGAGUGCUAAAACAGUCGGAGUCUGGACAGUCUCUCACUCACUCAUUCACUCACUCUCCAGUUAAUGUCACCUCUCCCAGUUCUUACUGACACCUCUCCCAGUUCUCACUGACACCUACCCAUGAGCCCCCUCUCUUUCCAUUUACUGUAACUAGCAUUCUCGCCCACUGAGAACUGACUGACACCGGAUGUCCAUGGACGUUGAAAAGUUUACAUUUGGUCUGUCCACCCUUGCCUUGAUGUUAACGUCCACAUAUUGACCAGACUGGACCAAAUAUGAACCUAUCAUAUACAGUGCAUUCAAAAAGUAUUCAGACCCCUUCACUUUUUCCACAUUUUGUUACUUUACAGACUUAUUCUAAAAUUUAUAUUUUCCUCAUCUAGCUACACACAAUACCCCAUAAUGACAAAGCGAAAACAGGUUUUUAGAAAUGUUUGCAAAUGUAUAUAAAUAUAAAAAACAGAAAUACCUUAUUUACAUAAGUAUUCAGACCCUUUGCUAUGAUACUCGAAAUUGAGUUCAGGUGCAUCCUGUUUCAAUUGAUCAUCCUUGAGAUGUUUCUAUAACUUGAUUGGAGUCCACCUGUGGUAAAUUCAAUUGAUUGGACAUGAUUUGGAAAGGCACACACCUGUCUAUAUAAAGAAAACAAGCCAAGGAAUUGUCAGAGACAGGAUUGUGUUGAGGCACAGAUCUAGGGAAGGGUACCAAAAAAUGUCUGCAGCAUUGAAGGUCCCCAAGAACAUAGUGACCUCUAUCAUUCAUAAAUGGAAGAAGUUUGGAACCACCAAGACUCUUCUUUGAGCUAGCCGCCCAGCCAAACUGAGCAAUCGGGGGAGAAGGGCCUUGGUCAGGGAGGUGACCAAGAACCCGAUGGUCACUCUGACAGAGCUCCAGAGUUCCUCUGUGGAGAUGGGAGAACCUUCCAGAAGGACAACUAUCUCUGCAGCACUCCACCAAUCAGGCCUUUAUGGUAGAGUGGCUAGAUGGAAGCCACUCCUCAGUAAAAGGCACAUUACAGCCUGCUUGGAGUUUGCCAAAAGGAACCUAAAGGACUCUCAGACCAUGAGAAACAAGAUUCCCUAGUCUGAUGAAACCAAGAUUGAACUCUUUGGUGAAGCAUGGUGGUGGCAGCAUCAUGCUGUGGGAUGUUUUUCAGCGGCAGGGACUGGGAGACUAGUCAGGAUAGAGGGAAAGAUGAACGGAGCAAAGUACAGAGAGAUCCUUGAAGGAAACCUGCUCCAGAGCGCUCAGGACCUCAGACUGGGAUGAAGGUUCACCUUCCAACAGAACAACGACCCUAAGCACACAGCCAAGACAAUGCUGGAGUGGCUUCGGGACAAGUCUCUGAAUGUUCUUGAGUGGCCCAGCCAGAGCCCGGACUUGAACCCGAUCAAACAUCUCUGGAGAAACCUGAAAAUAGCUGUGCCGCAACGCUCCCCAUCCAACCUGACAGAGCUUGAGAGGAUCUGCAGAGAAGAAUGGGAGAAACUCCCCAAAUACAGGUGUGCCAAGCUUGUAGCGUCAUAUCCAAAAAGACUUGAGGCUGUAAUCGCUGCCAAAGGUGUUUCAACAAAGUACUGAGUAAAGGGUCUGAAUACUUAUGUGAUAUUUAUUUAUUUAUUUUAUAAAUUAACAAACAAAUCAAAAAACCUGUGUUUGCUUUGUUAUUAUGGGGUUUUGUGUGUAGAUUGAUGAGGAAAAAAUACUAUUUAAUCAAUUUUAGAAUAAGGCUGUAAUGUAACAAAAUGUGGAAAAGUGAAGGGAUCUGAAUACUUUCCGAAUGCACUGUACGUAUGUUUCACAAGUUUGGAUAGUACAGUACAGUGAGUAGAGCACAGUACAGUACAAUACAGUGCAGUAAUGAGCAGGGGUUGGAACCAAAGUUAUUUUCCAGUUGUUUCGUUCUGAACACAACAACUAUUUUUUUUCGUUCCGUUCCACUGUUCCGACCAGCAAAAUAAUGUUCUGAACCGGUUCGAACCAAAAAAAAAGAUCUGUUUAUAUCGUUCCUUUCUGUAAUUUUUUUAGCCUGUGAAAUCUAUGCGCCUAUGGUGCAAGAUGUGACAUUUUACGGGUGGGGAGAGAGCGAGAGGAUGCAUUAUCUGAAUUAGGUCCACAGAAUUAUACCUAGGAGAUGUUGCUUCUGUGAAGGAACUUUGAAUGUUCUUUGAGCUAGCUAGCUAACAAGCUUGAGCUAGCGAGUUAACAAGCUUGAGCUAGCAAGCUAACAAGCUUGUGUGUGCAGAGUGGCACCAGAAUUAAAAACACAUCUUACCUUUUUGUAGUUAAUAAAUCUGUGAAACAUGAUAUCAAGGCCGAUAGUAUCCAUAACUAGCAUUGAAAAAAUUAAUCCAUUCUUCUCUAGCUAAUUAAAAAUCUCCCUAUCUUCUCACUCUUUUAACGUCAGUGCAGUACCCUAUGCUUCGCUUCAGAGGGGGAAGGGGCAGGUAGCAUAAACACACACACACACACACACUGGUAAAGAUUUUCAGCUUCCUGGCAGACGCUGGAAUAGGUUUCUGAAUGAAAGAGUGAGGGCUUUGCAUAGGCGCUUUGUUGCAUGUUUUUGUGAGACUAGAAAAAAAUGCCUGGAAGACAAAAAAAACGUUAUUAACUGGUUUCCAUUAUUUUAAAAUAACAAUUCUGUUCCUUAACCAAAGUUUGCAUCUGUACAGUUCUUCCACUAAAUUCGUUUUUGUAAAUUUUUCUGUGGAAAUUGUUAAAAGUUGUCAUUGUGCAUAAUUGUAUGUAUCGUUUUUGUUUGGCAUACAUUUUCAAGUGAAAAAACGGAGUCAAAGCGUAAUUCAAUUAACGUGGAAUUGUCCUUGCCCUUUCGUAAGUACUGCACUGUAUAAUUGGGAUGCCUUUGCAAUGCUCUCAUGCUGUGGUAGCCUACAUGCCGUACUGGACAUGCCUUACUGUAGGUGGAAAGUCACACAGAAAAGGACAGGGUACAGUAGUGUGUGUGUACCUCAGUGACAAAAUCGGCCAUCUUGUCAGAGGAGAUUUACGAAUACAAACGAGAGAUGUGAAUGAAUACAGAGCCCUUCCCCCGCACCUCACUGUCUGAGGAUUAAGAGCUGGCAGGAUGAGUUUUGGGGUUUGAACAAUCCGCCUUUGUCCCGCUCAGGGCACAAGUGCCCUCUGUUAGUGCUGCAUCACUGAUCUGCGGCGCCAUCUCCCAACUGAUUCCCAUACUCUCCCCACGAUCCCACACAUAUCCUCUAUCAGGCCUGGAGUACAUACAGUGAGGGAAAAAAGUAUUUGAUCCCCUGCUGAUUUUGUACGUUUGCCCACUGACAAAGAAAUGAUCAGUCUAUAAUUUUAAUGGUAGGUUUAUUUGAACAGUGAGAGACAGAAUGACAACAAAAAAAUCCAGAAAAACGCAUGUCAAAAAUGUUAUAAAUUGAUUUGCAUUUUAAUGAGGGAAAUAAGUAUUUGACCCCUCUCAAUCAGAAAGAUUUCUGGCUCCCAGGUGUCUUUUAUACAGGUAAUGCGCUGAGAUUAGGAGCACACUCUUAAAGGGAGUGCUCUUAAUCUCAGUUUGUUACCAGUAUAAAAGACACUUGUCCACAGAAGCAAUCAAUCAAUCAGAUUCCAAACUCUCCACCAUGGCCAAGACCAAAGAGCUCUCCAAGGAUGUCAGGGACAAGAUUGUAGACCUACACAAGGCUGGAAUGGGCUACAAGACCAUCGCCAAGCAGCUUGGUGAGAAGGUGACAACAGUUGGUGCGAUUAUUCACAAAUGGAAGAAACACAAAAGAACAGUCAAUCUCCCUCGGCCUGGGGCUCCAUGCAAGAUCUCACCUCGUGGAGUUGCAAUGAUCAUGAGAACGGUGAGGAAUCAGCCCAGAACUACACGGGAGGAUCUUGUCAAUGAUCUCAAGGCAGCUGGGAUCAUAGUCACCAAGAAAACAAUUGGUAACACACUACGCCGUGAAGGACUGAAAUCCUGCAGCGCCCGCAAGGUCCCCCUGCUCAAGAAAGCACAUAUACAGGCCCGUCUGAAGUUUGCCAAUGAACAUCUGAAUGAUUCAGAGGAGAACUGGGUGAAAGUGUUGUGGUCAGAUGAGACCAAAAUCUAGGUCUUUGGCAUCAACUCAACUCGCCGUGUUUGGAGGAGGAGGAAUGCUGCCUAUGACCCCAAGAACACCAUCCCCACCGUCAAACAUGGAGGUGGAAACAUUAUGCUUUGGGGGUGUUUUUCUGCUAAGGGGACUGGACAACUUCACCGCAUCAAAGGGACGAUGGACGGGGCCAUGUACCGUCAAAUCUUGGGUGAGAACCUCCUUCACUCAGCCAGGGCAUUGAAAAAGGGUCGUGGAUGGGUAUUCCAGCAUGACAAUGACCCAAAACACACGACCAAGGCAACAAAGGAGUGGCUCAAGAAGAAGCACAUUAAGGUCCUGGAGUGGCCUAGCCAGUCUCCAGACCUUAAUCCCAUAGAAAAUCUGUGUAGGGAGCUGAUGGUUCGAGUUGCCAAACGUCAGCCUCGAAACCUUAAUGACUUGGAGAAGAUCUGCAAAGAGGAGUGGGACAAAAUCCCUCCUGAGAUGUGAGCAAACCUGGUGGCCAACUACAAGAAACGUCUGACCUCUGUGAUUGCCAACAAGGGUUUUGCCACCAAGUACUAAGUCAUGUUUUGCAGAGGGGUCAAAUACUUAUUUCCCUCAAUAAAAUGCAAAUCAAUUCAUAACAUUUUUGACAUGCGUUUUUCUGUCUCUCACUGUUCAAAUAAACCUACCAUUAAAAUUAUAGACUGAUCAUUUCUUUGUCAGUGGGCAAUGUACAAAAUCAGCCGGGGAAUCAUAUACUUUUCCCCCCUCACUGUACACAAAUGUAACAAAAUCCUGUUAUUGCCAAUUUAACAGUUGAUUGGAACUGUUCAACAGUUGAUCGUAGAACUUGUUUUUAAGAAUUUCAGCUCUGACGCAGCAGUUUCAUAUUUGCCCCAGUUCACUGUUGAUAGAAAUAUAAAUUACAUGUUAUGUUUGCCUGUGAUGCUGUCUUCUGCCUAUUUCAUCUAUCCGCUUUUCUAUACUUCUAAGUUUGCCUAAUAUAGUUGUCUCUGAGGUCUGUGAUUUUAAAUCCAAUGUCCAUCCUCUCUUUUUCUGCUUCUAGGUGAUGCCAUGUCUGACCUUUUCCGGAAGCCCAUGAGUGAUGAUGGUAAACUUUACACCUCACUCCUGUCCAAUCAGAGCUACCCCUCAGUCCAGGAUGCCUCUUACCAGUCUGAUGAUCUGAAGCGUUCCUCUGACCUCUCCUCCCAGGACACCUUCGACUCCUACGGCAUCUUUGGUUCCCCCCACACCAAGAUGACCACUGACCUGGUUGAUGAGAUGCCCAAGUCCCUGCUGGGUAGCUCUGAGUUGAAGACUGAGGCCUACAACUACAUGGAUAUCAGCCAUGGUGAUGACGUCCACAACGUGCGCUGUCCACAACCAGCGCCCCUGCAUAGUCUGGUGGACACUGGGCUGUCUGGCCUGGACUCCCUGGGAGACUACAUGGAUAAGAGCCCUGCAGGACACGAGGAGGAGGAGGAGGAAGAGGAGGAGAACCUGGGUCCGGCACUGGACUCCCACUCCUUCCCUUACGUAGAGGAGCCUUCUGAGGAUGAGGAGCUGUCUGACUACCACUCCUACCGCAACCUGGGCACCCCUCAGACCGCUAGCCCUGUGAAGAUCAUCCUGACCGAGUCCCACCCACCUGCUGCCGCCAAACCCAUCCUCCCGCAGGCCAACGUGUCUGACAACAUCCUCAGCCUGGGCUUGCAGGGCGUCCCCACGGUUACGCUCUCUGAGCCAGAGGACGACAGCCCCAACUCAUCCCCCAAUGCAUCCCCAACAGGUAGCUAUCGCCCACGCCCUCCCACUGUGUCCUUGUGAGUUAGAGUUCACCAUAACAAUGGUCUAUGGUCUUGGACUAUGGUUUAAUUAUAAUUUAUGUACAGUAUUUCAAGUUUGGUCAAAAACAUCUAGAUUGAAGGAUUUUUGUAUUUUGGUCGGAUCCCCAUUAGCUCGUGCUGAAGCACCAGCUACUUUUCCUGGGGUCCACACAAAAUAUAAAACAUUACAUAAUACAGAACAUCAAUAGACAAGAACAACUGAAGGACUGAACUACACACAUUUAAAAUAAGAACAAUAGAACCAAAAAAAGUCCUAUUGACAGUUGCACACAUUGCUAACAGCCACCAACACAUCAGUACAUAUACAGUUGAAGUCGGAAGUUUACAUACACUUAGGUUGGAGUCAUUAAAACUUGUUGUUCAACCACUCCACAAGUUUCUUGUUAACAAACUAUAGUUUUGACAAGUCAGUUAGGACAUCUACUUUGUGCAUGACACAAGUAAUUUUUCCAACAAUUGUUUACAGACAGAUUAUUUCACUUAUAAUUCACUGAAUCACAAUUCCAGUGGGUCAGAAGUUUACAUACACUAAGUUGACUGUGCCUUUAAACAGCAUGGAAAAUUCCAGAAAAUCAGUCAAUAGGAGGUGUACCUGUGGAUGUAUUUCAAGGCCUACCUUCAAACUCAGUGCCUCUUUGCUUGACAUCAUGGGAAAAUCUAAAGAAAUCAGCCUCAGAAAAACAAUUGUAGACCUCCACAAGUCUGGUUCAUCCUUGGGAGCAAUUUCCAAACACCUGAAGGUACCACGUUCAUCUGUACAAACAAUAGUACGCAAGUAUAAACACCAUGGGACCACGCAGCCGUCAUACCGCUCAGGAAGGAGACGUGUUCUGUCUCCUAGAUAUGAGCGUACUUUGAUGCGAAAAGUGCAAAUCAAUCCCAGAACAACAGCAAACGACCUUGUGAAGAUGCUGGAGGAAACAGGUACAAAAGUAUCUAUAUCCAAAGUAAAACUAGUCCUAUGUCGACAUAACCUGAAAGGCCGCUCAGCAAGGAAGAAGCCACUGCUCCAAAACCGCCAUAAAAAAGCCAGACUACGGUUUGCAACUGCACAUGGGGACAAAGAUCGUACUUUUUGGAGAAAUGUCCUCUGGUCUGAUGAAACAAAAAUAUAACUGUUUGGCCAUAAUGACCAUCGUUUUGUUUGGAGGAAAAAGGGGAAGGCUUGCAAGCCAAAGAACACCAUCCCAACCGUAAAGCGCGGGGGUGGCAGCAUCAUGCUGUGGGGGUGCUUUGCUGCACCCCCACAGCAUGUGCACUUCACAAAAUAGAUGGCAUCAUGAGGAAGGAAAAUAAUGUGGAUAUUUUGAAGCAACAUCUCAAGACAUCAGUCAGGAAGUUAAAGCUUGAAGCAUAUACCUACAUAGGUGAUUGAAAGAUGAACAAGGGCCAUACUCCAGUCCAUUUGGUGAUGGCAAUGCACCUAGGUUAGUUUCCAACUGCCAUAUAAAAUCCAUAGAAGAAGAAGAAUGAACAAGGAGAAAAACAAAUCAGUGGAUUAAUUGUAGAGUAGAGAACACACGUUUUUGUAUGACUCAACAUAAGAAAUUCUACAAAGGACCAUAUGCAUUUCAGGUAAAAUAACAACCCAAUGUUUAUUUUCCUGGACAAAUUAGUUAGCAACAGCAAGCUAGCUAAAUGUCCAUGAAUGUUUCAUGUGUGUUUCGACCUGUCCGCAAAUUAAUUUAGUUGGUUCACAGUUGGUUUUGGUAUUUUAACCUGCGUGUCAUGAACGCGUCUGGUGGGGAUAGACAAAACAACACGCAGACGAUGGCACACGCAGACGCAUAUGCAGAGCCGGUUUGGCAGCAUGUAAGAGUUAUUUAGGUCAGAUAGGGGAGAGGCGUUGUGUUUUAUUUCUUUUUCUAAGCUAAUUUUGCUGUUCACUUGUGUAAUUAGAGAUGGAAGGGAGUUCCAUGCGAUCAUGGCUCUAUUAAUACUGUGCGUUGUCUUGAAUUUGUUCUGGAUUUGGGGACUGUGAAAAGACGCCUGGUGACAUGUCUGGUGGGGUAAGUAUGUCUGUCAGAGUUUUCAACACUAAUAUUUCUCACAAAAACAAGAAUUGAUGCAGUCAAUCUCUCCUCUACUUUGAGCCAAGAGAGACUGACAUGCAUACUGUUAACAUUAGCCCUCUGUUUACAUUGAAGGGCAAGACGUGCUGCUGUGUUCUGGGCCCGCUGCAGCUUUUCUAGGUCCUUCUUUGCAGCCCUUGACCAUAUCACCUGGCAAUAGUCAAGAUUAUAUCAAACUAAAGCCUGCAUGACUUGUUUGGUCAAUGGUGGUGUUAAAAAUGCUGAGAAUCUCUUUCAAACAGACAGCCCUCUCCCCAUCUUUACAACAAUUGAAUCAAUAUGCCUUGACAAUUUACAGUCUAAGGUGACACCAAGAAGUUUAGUCUCCUCAACUUGCUCAAGAGCCACAUCAUUCAUUACCAGAUUCAGCUGAGGUCUAGAAUUUAGGGAAUGGUUUGUACCAAAUACAAUGCUUUUAGUUUUAGAUAUGUUCAGUUUAUUACUAUCCACCCAUUCCAAAACUGACUGGCACUCUUUGUUUAGGGUUGCAGGGAUUUGACUAGCUGUGGUUGCUGAUGUGUAUAAGGUUGAAGCAUCAGCGUACAUAAACACACAGGCUUUGUUUAAUGCUAGUGGUAGAUCAUUAGUAAAAAUAGAGAACAUUAAAGUGCCAAGAGAGCUGCCUUGCGGAAUACCACACUUUCAUGUUUUACAUUAGAGAAGCUUCCGUUAAAGAAAACCCUCUGUGUUCUAUUGGAUAGAUAGCUCUCAACCCAUGAUAUGGCAGAGGGUAGGGAUGGGCAUUUGAAAUCAUUUCACUAUUAUUCACUCUUUGAAUAAUAUAUAUCCGGAUAGUCAAAAUACAUGUUUGUUUUUGAAACGUAUGUUUUUAACCUGAGCCCUUGCACGAGGCUGAGAUGCAGACGGUUCUGCUCUACUGCUGAUACAGCAGCGGGCAGAGGAGGGGCUGGUGUGUGUGUGUGUGUUUUAUGAGAAGAGAGAGAGACUAGAAAGUAGCCACGCUGGCUUGCGCCACUUAGACAAACUGGCUAUCUAUCAUCCCAUGUCAGUGCCUGUCUUGACAGCAUAAAAUCAAUAUAGAGAAGAUGGCUAAACUAGCCAGCUAGCUAACUAGCUAAUUGAGGCUACAAUCCUUGUAAACAAAUAACACCAUGAUUCAGAUUAAACAACAGCCUACCUGUUGGUUGUUCCUUGUAGCUUCUGCUAAAUGACAAAAAUGUAAAUGUAGCUAGUGCUGAGCGAUUUAGUGCUUUUUGAGGUUUGGUUUUUGAUUUCGGUUUCUAUUAUUUUUUUUUACAUUAAAUGCAUUAUGAAAGAAUGACAUUACAAGCUUUUUAAUGUUAAUUCCAAAGCCAAAAACAGUGAACAUUAAAUUGCCAACAACUAAAUAUUUAAUUGUCUCUGUCAGGUCCACAUUGGGUAGACAUCAAUAGAAAAAUAGGACAUUACUAUGAAAUAAUAAAAUAUUUCAGUUGUGUAUAUAACUUUAUUAUUUUGUAUUCCUUAAAGUCAUCAUCUCAUCUCUGCAGUAGCAGUCAGUCAGCCAGCCAGACCAUCUAACGUUAUCUAUGUGCUCCCCAUUCUGUACUGUCUUUAGUCAUCCUGUUUAGUCUGCCUAAGUAUGAAUGAGUAGUUUAAUAACCGGAAAAAAUACUAAAUGUUGGUUAAUCGCGCAGCACUAGUUGUAGCCCAGUCGUUCUCAUUUAGUUAACUUUUAGUCCGUAAUUUUUAUUCAAUUUUGCAUUGAUUAGAUAUCUCUCACUUCACUUGCUACACAUGGAACCUCUGACUGUAGAGCAGCUUUGAUUAGAUGACAAAAAUCCACAAGCUACACGCAUAGAUGGCUACUGGUAUAUCUUUCUUUAUGCCGCACGUCAUAAAAACUACAUUUUAAGUUUGUUUUAUUCAAUUAAAAUAAUGUACGUCAUUCUUGUAUGUAACAAUGUCACAUGGAUAGUUACAUUUACUUCAGACAAAGCAUUUUCAUCGUUAAUUAAAUUAGGCCUAUAAUUAUUUUUCUCAGAAAUGAUUACUCACACAAGUAUUUCAUAAUACUAACGUCUGUUCGGAUAUUUAAAUAAUCAUGCCCAUCCCUAGGCAGAGGAUGUAAAGCCAUAACACAUAAGUUCUGCCAUUAACAGAUUAUGGUCAAUAAUAUUGAAGGCUGCACUGAAGUCUAACACUACAGCUCCCACAAUCUUAUUAUUAUCAAUUUAUUUCAGCCAAUCAUCAGUCAGUGCAGUGCAGUACAGUGCAGUCACUGCAGUACAUGUUGAGUGCCCUUCUCUAUAAGCAUGAUGAAAGUAUGUUGGUAAUUAUUUCUCAGAGAAAUAGCAUUGUAUCUGGUCAAACGCAAUUAUUUCCAAACGUUUGCUAAAAACCGUCUGCAAGCUGAUUGGUCGGCUGUUAGAACCAGCAAAUGGCUCUUUACCGUUCUUGGGUAGCUUCACUGCAGGUCUGAGGACAAACAGUUUUUCUCCAGUUAUGUUAAAGAUAUGACAAACAGGAGUGGCAAUAUAGUCCACUAAAUUGUCAAAACCAAGUGGUUUCUCAUUAUUGAUGGACAACAAUCAUUUUUCUACCUCUCCCACACUAACUUUACAGAAUUCUAAAUUGCAAUGCUUUUCUUUCAUUAUUAGAUAUUUUAUGCAUGAAUAUAUGAUGGCUCACAGUUUGUUGUUGGUAUUUCAUGCCUGAGUUUGCCCACUUUGCCAGUGAAAUAGGCAUUCAAUUAAUUGGCAUUAUCAAAAGGUUUUGUGCUGAAUGAGCCUUCUGAUUCUGAUAACUUAAUUUAAAGUACUCCAAAGCUUUUUUCCAUCAUACUGUAUAUGAAUUAUCUUAGUUUCAUAAUACAGUUUAUUCUUCUUUUUGUUCAGUUUAGUAACAAUUUCUCAAUUUACAGCAAGUUUGCCAAUCAGAUGUGCAGCCAGACUUAUUAGCCACUCCUUCUGCUUCAUCUCUCUCAACCAUACAGUUUUUCAAUUUCUCAUCAAUCCACAGAGCCUUAACAGUUAUAACAGUUCAUUUCUUAAUAGGUGAAUGCUUAUCAAUAACUGCAGUAUUAGUAAAAAUUUGACCAAUAAACGUGGUGAUAUAGUUCCUGUAGUGUUUGUAAACACCCUGGUAGGUUGAUUAAUAACCUGAACCAGAUUACAGGCACUGGUUACAGUGAGAAGCUUCCUCUUCUUACGAACUUCUUAACUAUCUUUUUAAAAUUAUUGUCGCUAGGCAACCGAGCUCGCUAUUUAGAUAGCUAGCAAGGGCAAUCAUGUUAGCAUCUUACUGAGAUUACUGGUCUACAUUUUUUGGGAUUUAAAACAAUCAAUACUGAACUUUCAGAUUACAUUUGUGAGUCAAUUAAACAUGUUCAAUUGCAUUCAUUAGCUUAUUUUCUCACUUCCAUGAGUUUAAGACAAGGGUUUAGCUAUCUUUGAAUUAAGAACAUUUCGGAGCAAAAAUCCAAUAACUUUCUUUUCAAGAAUCUAAUUUAUUUUAAACUAUUUUCUUAGAAAGAAACAUGGGAAGAAACUUACGAACAUUUACAAUAACUGUAUUGAGCAAUAGCAUUUUUUUGUAAGUUUCUUCUUAAGUAUAAAGUUAAGGAAAAAAUUGCACUUAAGAAAACAUUUCUUCUUAAGAAGGUUUUGUGAAUCUAGGCCCCGUCCCUCUCGGGUUUGAUCAUCCAAUAUUUUGUUUGUUGUAUCCACCAAUAUUUGAACAAAGCUCUUGAAGCUAUUCUCAUGCUGUUGAAACAGCUCCUUUAAAAGAGUUUAAAAGAUCUUUCACCUGCGUUAGAGAAACACUGGCCUCUGCAGCUAUAGGUGGCAUGGUAGCAGCAUCAGCUAACGUUGGUAGCUAUACCACGCAAUUCCAGCUAGGUCAGGUCGCAGGGAAAUAGCAGCAGGGAAUACAGCCACAAGACCGGGAGACUUCUGCGGUCCCAGUCACAAGGGCUAACCGCAUCAUGGGCUAACCACAUUGUGGGCUGUGUUCAAGCUGUUUGUGGAAAACCCUGCUAGCUUGAUAGCUACAAACUAGGCUAGUAGCUAGCUACACCAAACAACUUCAGACUUUUUUGGUUUGGUAGGAUCCCGGGACAGAUAGCAGUGGUCACAGCAACUGAGGCUAACCGCGUCGCGGGAUCUAAAAUCAAUAAGUAUAUAAACCAAACUUUCUGAGGAAACCCUGUCACAACUUUACAAAAACAACAAACCGAGCCCUCUCAACUGAGCUUUCUCAUCUAGUGUUCAGCAUGCAUUGCUCUCUGAUUUAUAGGUUUACAACAAAUCAUAAAAGGACAUAAAAACACGUUAAAGAUGCAUUGAAUGUCUCUUAUUAGCACUCUAAUUCGGCUCUUUUUUUUUUUUCUCUAUCUCUGCAGAAAAAGAAUCCCCUUCCCAAGACCUGUUCAAGGCUGUCCCCGGCAGCAAGCCGACCCCGGGCUCCACCAAGGCCAGGGAGCAGGACGGCAGCAGUGCGGAGUCUGGGGACUCUGAGAUAGAGCUGGUCUCUGAGGAGCCCCCCUUGCGGAGCCCCCCCAGCACCAAGUCCAGUAACAACCCCUUCGAGCAGCCUCCCAGCAGCAAGGGAGGUUUCAGACAGGCUGGCAACCCCUUCGACAACCCCCCCAGCACCAAGGGGCCCACAUCCUACAGCAUCCUUAGGGAGGAGAGGGAGGCUGAGCUGGACAGUGAGCUCUUCAUCGAGUCUGCCAAUGAGGAGAGCCCCAAGAGAGAGGGGUCCGGCACCAAACAGGGGGUCAACACACCUUCACCUCUGAUCCUCACUGCCGCAUCCCCCGCCCGCCCCGCCCCAGAGGUGGUCCCAGCCGAGCCUGUGACGAGCUCCAUGAUAAAAUCAUCCAAUGACAGGCACAAGAGCCCCAUAAAAAUGGAGGAGGAUUGCCCAACUAAGCCCAAGCCCCCCACAGCCACAGUGCCCCCGGAGGUGAGGUCUGAGAGGCCCUUCCUGGACGACAAGCACGUCACUGAGGGGAAGGGAGACCUGGCUAAACCUGCUGCGGCAGUCUUUAUGGAGGGCUUUGACAAACAGAAAGGUAAGUCCUGUAAUUCAUCAACUUGUCCUCGUCUGUUGAUUCAGAAUUUGUAUGUUAUUUCUGGAAUGAACCCUUAUAGCCUGCAUUCCAACAUACAAUCUGUAGUGAUAAACCGAACUAGUUACACUGUUAUCCCUCCUUGAAGCCAUGUUAUCUUCAUAACUUAUCUUUCCUUGUUGCAGUUGUGUUGCAUCUGCAUUAUAUCAUCACAACACUCCAGAAAUUGCUCAACCAGCUUAUGGAACAGGUAGUAUGGUAUCUGUUGGUGCAUUUGUUUGUCAGUGGAGGAUCCAAUGGCUGUUUGGUUGCCGUGUUUUAACACUAGUAACUGCACGUUUUUUACCAGGCUGUUGGUAUGACAAUGGAAUCCCUCUAAUACAGCAGGUUGUUAAUUUACUGUUUUUACUGCCCUGAGUGUGUGAUGCACCAGAAGAGAUAACAUGGAGGGUCAUGGUGCGUUGUUAUAUUGCCUGUGUUGACAAGGUCAGGAAUUGUGUUGCUGUGAGAAGGCUUGUUCCGUUCUCUCUGUGCUGUGGUGGGUGUGAGCAUCUUGGAUUAUGAGCUGCUGCAUGAUUUCAAGAUCUGCUUCCCUCUGGUGGUAGGCUACAGUUACAAAACAUAUCUGAGACCACCAUUUUUAUGAUGAUAAUCAACAAAGGAUGAGCUUCUAUCUAUUCUACAUCAUUGAAUAUAUCAUAACUAAUGCCUCACUCUCAUACAGUAUUUUUAGACAGCCUUGACUCUCUCUUCCAAAUCCCAAACAGACCAUCUGUUUCCUAACACCCAGUACCAUCAUCAUGUCAGGAAGUAACUCAGACAGACAUAUGAUCACAGAUCAAGACAGCCAGUUCGAGCCAGAGAUCUUUGUGUGUGUUAAGCUGGGCGUUUUGUGUUGCCACUUAUUUGUCUUUUUCUGUUUGCUUCUUUUUCAUCCUUCUUGUAAACAGUGGGUUUAUGUAACCCUGUGAUGUCAAAUCUGGAGCACACAAGCAUCGACUUAAGCAUAGGAGGAUUCACUUUAUGUGCGACUAGAUGCAGUGACAGAAAUAUCACAUUGGAGUGAUUAUUAUUCUAUCGUUCCUUAGCUGUCACAGGACAAUAUCCACCUGUGGUAUGUAACUGCCGCUCUUUAUUCCGAUGGGGAGAAUAAAGAGGAAUGAAAACACUGACGAUGUGCUUGAGGAAAAGCCGAAGCCCCCCUCCUCUCCUGGUGUUUACAAACAGAAACACACAGAAGGUUCUCGAAUUCCUAAAAGCAGGUCAAGCCAUUUGAUAAAGUUUAUAUUCCUCCACCACUAGGUGGUGGAGAGCACCAUAGACUAUAACAGAGGUCCGUAUGUAUGCUGGAGAGAGAAGACAAGCAGAGCAGACAUCAUGUACCACAGCCUGUGCAGCUCCACAGAAGUUGCCAUGGCAACACCUUCCUAGGGGGCGCAGACAGCACAGGCUCAUAUAAUUUUUAAGGUUGCAGCAAGCAGAGGGUGUGACGGGACGUCAACAGGGCUGUCUGUGCACAGACUGACUGUACCAAUGUCACUGAAAUAGAGGGAGUCAAUGUUUAUGACAUUAUAAAUCAUGAGGAUAUGGUUAUUCUCUAUCCAAGCCCACAGACACUGUUUAGACGUGAUACUGUCCGUUGCACACAGCUCGUUACAUGCCUCCAUGCAUCACUGUGAGUCCAUAGCGCUUUGUCAGGCCAUUUGCAUUGAUAAUGCAUCCUGGUGGAAAAACCUAAAGCACAAACUGAACCACAGCCUGAAGGCAGUAAACCUAAAAGAACAUUGAGGGCUAUACUGUAGGCUACGGUGUGAUGGUUAUAAAUUAUUGAAAAGACUAGCACGUAGACUGCUCAAUAAUUAGUGAGACGUAUUGAAAAUAGCUACAGUAUUUGCGUGAUAUUGACUGCAAACUUAAACAUUAUUUUAUGCAAAGCAUACAAAGGGCAGAGUUGACUAUUUGCCAGAUUAUUCAUUGGCAACGCUAGGUCCAUACCCCAGCAGUAGCCUAUAGAAUCCUCAGUCCUAACACAAAACAAUGUUUAUAAUGAUGAAUGUACACACACAUGCUGUGAGCCGUCUGUUGUGGGUCUGUGUUCUGUGUGUGUUUUUAUAUGUGUGUUAACGUGAAACGGUACGUUGGACCAGGGUGUGUCAUUGUUAUCACUCUCCUGGUCUGAGGGCUCUGCGGGGAGCUGUUUUCAUGGCGGAGUCUUUAGGCUCAAUGCUGUAAAAGAUGACGUCAGAUUCUUUACAUUGUAAUUUCAACCUGGCACCUUAUCUGGAAAUUAUCUUAUAUACAAUAUGGAUCAUGAUAAAACUAGCCUGGGGGGCGGGCUAGGAUAUAUGCCUAUUUCCGACUGAGCUUCAUCAAAGGGUAUGUUGGUUAACUCUUUCACUGCCAAUCCCCCCCGCCCACCGCCCUAGUCUGCUUUGAGAUUCAGGAUCAGCACGGGAACUUUUAUUGUGAAAUAGUGCUUACCUCCCCUUUCAAGAAAAAUACCCCCCCUCCCAAGGCACUAAAUCAUUGCAUGGAUGAUUUGCUGCAGUAGCGACUGUGGUGUGGUAUUUACAAUUCGAUCACCCCCCACACUCCCUCUCCUCCUUCCGUUCUCGCUAGCACUGCUCCACAGCAUCAGUCUGUGUGCUCCGCGAGCCGACCAGUACCUUGACAACCUUGCCUCCCUCCUUUCCUCCCUCCCUCUCGUCUCCGCAUCUCUCCCUCAUCUCAUCCUUCCAACCAUUCAUGCCAUUGUGGGAUUAGUGAGUGAGUCAGUGGCACAAGAAGAGGAAGAGCUAGCAGAAAACAGAGAAAUCUAAAAGAAAGGGAAAUCAGGGAGUGAACUGAUCAUCAGCAUGCAGUCCACUGCAGACGUUACCAAGAAGGAGUGCUCCUGGAGCAGCUGGAAAGGCCAGGGUACUGAUGUCUUUGCUGUGUUUGUGUGUAUCUCUGUCUGUGUGUUAGAAGUGUGUAUCUAGGCUGUGAGUGGUGAACUGAUGUGUGAGGAGCAUGUGUAUUUAUGCUGCUAGUGCAGAUCUAGUUUGUGUGUGUGUUUAUGACAGGGGGAUGUUGCAUGUAUGGUUGGGGUGGUAUCCAUGGUGUGUGUUAGUCGGGGCCUGGGUGAUCAGGCUGAGCUCUUUACCUUCACCGGGGGGGGGGGGUCACAACAGACACGCCCUGAUCAUGCUCUCUCUCUGGCGUGUGAGACAAAGGGCAAAGGCGGGUGUGUGGGUGUGAGACGUCGCUGUUUAUAAUGAUGAAUGUACACACACACACAUGCUGUGAGCUGUCUGUUGUGUGUCUGUGUUCUGUGUGUGUUUUAUAUGUGUGUUAACGUGAAACCAGGGUGUGUCAUUGUUAUCACUCUCCCAGUCUGAGGGCUCUGUGGGGGAGCUGUUUUCAUGGCGGAGUCUGUGAGCUGUUUUUGUGUGCGAGGCUGCCGGAGCAUCCGGAUAGCACUGACAGACUGUCUCCAUGGCAACCAGGGCACACCCAUCCUGAUUACAUCAGUCUCAUCCAUCGGCUGCCAGGGUACCUUGCAGCUACUGGGAGAGAAAGGCACAGCCUCUGUCUGCCUCUUUCUGGUGUGCAUUAGCAUCACCUCUGGGUUAGGAGGAGGACGGGGAGGGAAAAUGGUUUCCCUUCCUCCUCCCUGCCUUUCCAACUGGCUGUAAUUUUCUAUGGCAGCCAUGUUUAUUAUACUGUAUUGUGUGUAAGAGGGAGAUGGAGUUGGUUGGUCUGCCUUUUCCUUACCUGUGAAUGACAGUGGGUGAUUUUAAGAAUAUAUUUAGAAUGGAAAAUAGAAUAGAAUCUACCAAAUUGAAAUGUAAGACUAUAGCCUACAUUAUCUUCUAAAAAAAGAGAAGAUGCCACACAUGGGCCUGGUGAAACUAUAUUUUAAUUGAACAACAAUAAGUAGGUCCUUUUAUUCCGGCACUAGGAGUUGUGAGCAGAAUAGCUUGUGUUCAAUGAGCUUUCACUAUGGCCUGGAAUAUGGUUUUAGGCUGUGUUUAUGAAAAGGCCUAUGUCAUCAUCUGUCUGAUGGGGUUUGUUUAAAACUGAUUCACUCUACUUUAUUUGCCUCUUAAAAAUAAAAGUUCAUACAGUCAACACACCCAAGGGUGAAAUUGACCAUUUGGGUGUUCUUUAGUUUGAAUAAGCUGUUAAAGCAAAGUACUGUACAUACAGGCUUGUCUACAUGUUUACGCAUGCUGGCUUGGAGUAUGGUUUGAGGCGGUGUCGAUAACUUUAGUUGUCUAAUCGGGUCAGGCUCAAACUGGUUCACUCUGCUUCUACCCAAAAAUGUAGGCUAACCUGAAGAGUAAGAAAAUUGCAUCAGCUUGUUGAGUUCGAGUAUCAGAACCAGAAAUCAUACAGUGUUUGGCUGCGUGUCACGGUACUUCCUGUACAUUCUGGUUCCACUUCCUGUGUUCAUGAUGGCUGGGAGGGACAGUAAUAAUCCACAGGGUCUCUACAGACCAGAGAGCUUGACAGCAAACCUCACCCAUGAACCUAGGCCUACUACUAUUACUUUACUGUAUAGAGUACCAUCCACAUAUUAUCAUAAAAGAAAAGCAAAACCAGCCCUUAACCCAUUCAUGUCCUUGUACUAUAUCAAAAUGAGCCACUGAACAAAUUCUGUUUGGUGUUAAUGCAUGAAAUGUGGUGUCAACAUAGUACAAGUGUCUAGACAGGCCACAUUUUACGUUUUAAGAUUGUCAUUAUCUAUCAUACUUCCAGUGUCAAUCAAAGUUGGGAUUUUAAAAUGACUUUAGCAUUUGUAUUUUGAAAUACAUUUCAGAAUGAAAUUGUUUAAAAGCAGAUAAUAUUGUUAUUUGACCUGUUCUAUGCCCAAAUAUGCCAAAUAUAUGAUUCAACUCAUUGUCGUAUCAGCAACGUUUAGAAACCUGUUUACACCAUGUGCAUGACUGAUGCCUGCAUGUUUUACCGGCCCUUUGUCCUUUUGUGUUGAACAAUAAAGGGAGUGGCUGGGUGUGUGUCGGUGUAGACAUGGUACGUGUCCCUCAUUCCCCAGAUUCAGACAAAGCAAGUGAAUCUGUUUCCCAGGAAGUGCUUUCGCUCCCGCCCUCCAUCUCUCCCUUUCCUUGCUUCCCCCCUCCUCUCUCUCUGUGAGUGGAGGGGGAGAAAAUGGAGCACCGUAGCUAUGGUAACUGCAUCAGGCAGGCGCUCACCAGAUCCUCACAGAGCUGAAGCAUUUUAAUAGAGCAGUAUAUUUCAGGCAGCAUCUUUCAACCUCAGUAUACAGUGCUAAUAACACCCUCACUGACCUUGCAGAUCUGCUGCGACACCCACUCACAAGACGCUAUACUGCCAAUGAAGUCACAUGCUGCGGGCUAUUGAUAAGAGAAUAAGUAAAUGAUCGGAAAUAACUCCAUCUUCUUGCCUGGUGGAGGGAGAUACCCAUCCACCAUUUUGAAUCGGAUACAGUCUCUUUAUUUUUGUCCUUGCUUGGUAGUCUGUCAUUUGUCAGUGGGGCUGUGCUUUAAAACCAGGGUAUGAAAGAGCUCACUGAGAUGGUGUGUGUGUGUGUGCUGGAUCGCAGCUCAGCUCUCUGGCAACCGCUCCCCUUAACGCCCACCCUCCAAUCCUCCUGCCAAGACCAACGAUGAUUAGCCUGUGUGCUUGUGGCCCCUCCCCUCCCUGGGGGGGAGGGGGGGGGGGGUAGUCCCCCUUCAGUGCUCUCCUUUUGUCUGUGGAUAAAGCAGCUGCCUCUUUCCCUGUUCAGCCAUGGGAACCGCAGGUCAGUACACACACUUCUACCGCACUAGCUAAAGCUUUUCUCUCUUUGUGCAAUCUGUAGAUCAGAUCACAAGGUACAGUUGCUGCUGUUUGUCAAGUCUCUCUGGCAUUGCUGUCCUGCCUGUCUGUCUUACAGCUGCUUUGCUUGGUGCGUGUGUGAAUGUGUAUGUUUUUGUUAUUCAGCAUCUCCAUUAUAAGCAAUACUGUAGAUAAAUGGCAAAUCAUAGAGAGUGGGUUAGUGACUAGUGAUAUUGGUACUGGGUUUAAAGGGAGUGGCACUCAGUCAGAUAUAGAGAUAAUCCAGCCUGAUUUAUUAGAGUUAUUGAUUACAGGGACAGAGGUCAGCCAGUAUUGGUUAUUGAUAAGGGCAUCUCAGUCUUGAUGACUUGGGCAUAUGAUUAUGGGGAAAUGGCAGAAGCAGAACCUAGCAUUGAACCUGUCACCCACAAACAGAGAGGCGGUAAAACUAGUGUCUUUCAGCACCCUGUUUUAGAACGCCUUUUUUUCAUCCACAGAUGCCUAUGGUAGAAAAUAAAGAUGGCCGUCAUUUCUGUGCUGCUCACAGCUCCACAGCUAAAAUUAGUGCAGGCGGGCAAGCAGGCAGGCAGGAGGGCUUAGGGAGGAAGACACCCAGGGGAAACUGCAGCGUUUUACUCCUCUCUUGAACAGGAGCACAAACUCUCUGGAACUGACUUAUUCUCCUCGUAAAAAAGAGGGCUUGCAGGUGUCACAUCAACAGUUGAACAUUGAAAUACCGGAUUUAAACUGAGCCAUAGUCACUGGAUGUGGAAGAGUCAGCUCACUACUGUUGAUAAACCAGCCACUGUUCUCAUGGAAACAAGCCUGUGUUAACAGCCAACAUAGGAGAGGGCUGUAUGGGUCACUGGAGUUGAGCUGGAAUGGUACACUGACUCAGGCCUAAUCCAGGGGUGAUAAACCUGUGUAAUCUUUGUUGGGGGUUGAAAAUGUAUGCCCUAAAAAACAGAGAUAGCAGGACAUGACACCAGUCUUUUAAGACGUCAUUCAAUUGAAUGUAUAAAAUAGUAUAGAUUGAAAGAAAGCUUAUUUAGGUUACCAACUAGGCUAUAUCCCCUUUGGGUGUUUACUAGUGUGCCUUAUGAUGUAGCCUAGUUUGUUCAUUCUUAUGGUCCCAAAUGGGCCUCUCACCUGUUACUGUGAUCUAGUUCCUCUGGCCGUAGAGCUGUAAAAUGACCAGGUCACUAUCGGGAUCUAUUUCUGCCACUGGCUCCACAGGUCAAUGAUUAACCCAGCUCUGUGAAUGGCUAGUACAGUUGUGCUACUGGGGAACCAGGUUGUGUUAGGGUACUGCAGGGUCGCCUGUGUGUGUGACCAGGCCAGGUGCUGACCACUACUACUGAUAAUCACACGUAUCACUGGCAGAUAAAGUGCUACCACCGGUGUGCGGCAACAUGAAUUGUGUGACGCUUGUUCAACAAGUAAGAGUCAGCUCGCUGUUAUCGUUUGCAAAGGUCACUCUAUAUAUAGGGGAAAAGAAGCCGGACAGAAGCGUUUUCACUUUGACGCAUUCACACCUACGUUUAUGAAUCCACAGCUCAAUCAAACGCAAUAAAAAUAUAGGUUAGAGCAAAAUCCCACACGUCAGGGGUCUCUGAGGACUUCUGGUUGCUAUGGGCUUCCAGUUAUUUGACCUAAAUGCCUGGGACACACGGGAUUACCGCACUGUAAGUGAUAUCACAACGUAGACAGGAACACUGUAAAUUGAGCACUGUGAGGUCAUUCUAUCACUGUAAUGCUGAGGUGACCGAUGGUUGGAUCAUACUGUGUCAUGCUGGGGUGACCUUACGGUUAGGUCAUCAUACUGUCACUGUGUAAUACUGGGCCUAACCCUGGAUCCUAACCCUGCUCUCCUGUCUGUCCUUCCCCCAGCCAUUGACCUGCUCUACUGGAGGAAUGUGAAGCAGUCUGGAGCUGUGUUCGGCAGCGUGCUCCUGCUGCUCUUCUCUCUGACCCAGUUCAGUGUGGUCAGUGUGGGAGCCUACUUAGCCCUGGCUGCCCUCUCUGCCAGCAUCAGCUUCAGGAUCUACAAGUCUGUGCUUCAGGCUGUGCAGAAGACCGAUGAAGGACACCCAUUCAAGUGAGUGAGAGAUGAUAGAAGAUCAUAGAGAGGUUUACUCAGCACAAAAAAAGUCUGCCAUUUUACAUUCACUCACAGUUUUGCAAUGUCACUUUAGCCUGGACACCUAACAGUCUUUUGUACUUUUUCCCGACAGAACCUAUCUGGAAGUGGAGAUCUCUCUGUCCCAGGAUCAGAUUGGUAAUUAUGCUGACAAGGCUCUGCUCUACGCCAACACCUGUAUGAAGGAGCUCCGUAGGCUGUUCCUGGUCCAGGACCUCAUCGACUCACUGAAGGUCAGCCUCUCUCUCAUCUCUGGGCUUUUACAAGAAUUACAUGGACACUAACACCUUACCAACACUCUACUUUUUAAUGUCUGUAAUCUCACUACUAGUUCUACUGUCAAACAUCAUCAAUGGACACGUUAAACCUAAAACAUCUAAUUAUUUUAUACCUUCUGUCAAACAUCCGAUACACAUACCAUAAAUUGUUGGGGUGGGUUUGUUUGGUGAAGCAGUGCCAAGAGUUUUUACCCUGUGUUGCAGUUUGCUGUGCUGAUGUGGCUGCUGACCUAUGUGGGCGCUCUCUUCAAUGGCCUGACUCUGCUUAUUCUGGGUGAGGAUCCUCCUAUGACUAGCUACUGUGCUGUUCUACUCAGCUCUGCACCCCUUUACUGCCUAUUGCACACCAUGUUCAUCCUGACAUACAGCUCAUAUAUGAUCUCUUCUGUCUAACAUCAUUUUAUAACAAAACGUAAUAUAAUGCAUCAUAUUGAAACCUCUCCAUCUACAAGAUCACAGAGCCAGUCUGUAUGAGUUUUUACUAUAACCAGGGGAGUGGGUUGUAAUAAGCACGCAUCACAGUACCCCAUUGACAGUCAAUGAUUAACCCAACACAGAGAGAACACACGCUGUGGAGCAAAGCAACAUGACCUCCCGACAAGAUCAACUAACAGCCUGAUGUUUGCCUCAUCACAACAUAUGGUUCUUCAUGGAACCAGAAAGAGUUUUACUGCAAUCUGUAUCAAUUAAGUUCUGUAUAAUAGUGGAUAAUUCCCUUCUGCCCUUUUGAGCAAAAACAAUUGAUUUCAAUCCUAGAUUAAAGUUUAGUUGGCUUCACAUCCCAAAAAGAUCCAUGUGAUGAAAUUCCAACAUUACAUUUAUGAAUGGCUUUGUUCAAAGGAUUCAUUCACAACUGAAGACAAAACGUAUCUCAUAUGUGUUAUUUUUCUAUUUACCUAGUGUAGAUAAGUCUCUGAGCUGGGGUGGGGCUCUGUGGACACAAUUUGUGCAUAUUUGGGUAUAUUCCCAGGGGGACUCGAGGUCAAACUGCUUUAACAUGCGCGCUCUCCCUCUUCCCCUACAGCCGUGGUGUCCAUGUUUAGCAUGCCCAUUGUGUAUGAGAAACACCAGGUAAGAAUUUACCUUCACUCUCUAAAACACAUUUUUAACUCAAUUUUUGUUAAUUUUUAAUUUAAUCUAAAUUGUUUUCUGUCUCAGGCACAGAUUGACCAAUAUGUUGGACUAAUACGGACCCAAGUGAACUCCGUAGUGGGGAAGUAAGUAGUUAUGACCUUUUGUACUCCAGAAUGAACACUGUAGUUUCUGAAACAUCCACCUAAGAAAUAGAUUGUAAUGAUCAUCUUGAUACAAACUAGAAAAGGUUAAUGACUACACUGUGACAUAAAUCAGUACUGUAUCCGAGUUGACCUCAUGUUUUGUCACGACAGGAUCCAGGCGAAGAUCCCCGGGGCCAAGCGAAAGGAAGAGUAGACCUGAGUCUAGCUAACAGCCUCGUCAUUAUCUGUGGGGUAGUACUAUGUCAUCUAGGUGUUCUCUAAAACCAACCACUGGAGAAACCCUGACCCCAAAACUGUCUAGAACGGUUAACACACUAACACACAGUAAAUCACUCAUGUUCAAGAUCUUAUGUCUAGGUAGACAAGUACACAAUUCUGAACAACAAAAAAAGAACCAGCCUUUUUUUUAUUUUGUGUUACUUGUUAAGUGCAUGAAGUCAAGCCUUGAGUAAAUAUUUGAUAUCUUUUGUGCAGUUUUUUCAUGCUACGUUUUUUUGCUGUGCUUACAACAAGCUAAGAUUUGGCACAAAAAAAGAGAUAUGCCUACAGAAAUGCUCUGCUGCCAAUGUUAAAUACUGCUUAAUGUUUGAGUUAGCUGGUGGGCCUUCUCUCAGUAUAUGACAAUAUAUAUAAAUACAAUGAUUUCCUUUUGGUGUUUUCAAGCACAAAAUAAUUAGACAAUAUGCGUUUUAGAUGUGGUAAUUGUAGGGUUUUUGCUUUUGUAUAACUAUAAGGAACUAUACACAAGCUGGUGUUUUAAGUACCGUUGUUUGACUACUAUGAAGACGAGGAAUAUCUGAUGAUAUUUAACUUGUUUGAAUUAACUGUCCAACUAUACUCAAUGUAGUUCUUAGACCCUGGACUAACUAUUUGCACUUACAGUAUGUAUUUCAUUACAGAAUAAGAAAAAUAAAUGUUCCUUGAUGUAUUA